AACCACCAUCAAUGGUGAUGCCCAGUUGUUUGUUAAUUUGUCUAUGUGAAAAGAGUUUUCGUCUUUUCCUGUCUUUUUUUCUUUAAUGCAAUGAACUAGCGACCUUUGUUGGUUAAGAUAUAUGUUAGCACAGCAGAAACACUGCUUAAUUGACUUUUGUAUAUCCCACCUGCUUUCAUUCUUUUGAUUUAACAUCCCAUUAAAGCUAUCAUUUCCUUUUUCUAAUCAGUUCUCUAUUUUAGUACUGUCUAGUCCCUUCUUCUCAGUUCCCAUUAUUUUCUACACAGAGCGAGCGAGAGAUAGAGAGAGAGAGAGAGAGAGAGAGAGAGAGAGAUGGCUAAAGAGAUGCAGCAUAGCAGUAUGCACUUGGAACAGGCAGACCUAGAAGGAAAUGAACAUGGUACUGGAACUCACAAGAACUUGGAUGAUGAUGGUCGACCCAAAAGAACUGGGACAUGGGUGACUGCCAGUGCUCAUAUCAUCACAGCUGUGAUUGGGUCAGGCGUGCUGUCUCUAGCAUGGGCCAUAGCCCAGUUAGGCUGGGUGGCUGGACCGGUUAUUCUCAUGGCCUUCUCAUGCAUAACCUUCUUCACUUCUACUCUUCUCGCUGAUUCCUACAGGUCACCUGAUCCUGUCACUGGCAGAAGAAACUACACUUACAUGGAUGCUGUGAGAGCCAACUUAGGAGGCCGGAAAGUUCAACUCUGUGGAUUGGCCCAGUAUGUGAACCUCAUAGGAAUCACAAUUGGUUACACUAUUACAGCAUCUAUCAGCAUGGUGGCUGUUAAGAGAUCAAAUUGUUUCCACAAGCAUGGACAUCAUGUGAAGUGCAAUAUAUCAAACUAUCCCUACAUGAUCAUCUUUGCUUGCAUCCAAAUCAUCCUCAGCCAAAUACCAAACUUCCACAAGCUCUCAUGGCUCUCUGUUCUUGCAGCUGUCAUGUCUUUCGCCUAUUCUUCAAUAGGUCUGGGACUCUCCAUAGCAAAAGUAGCAGGAGGGGGACAUGCAAGAACAAGCUUAACAGGAACAGCAGUUGGGGUGGACGUGACACCAGCACAAAAGGUGUGGAAAUCAUUCCAAGCUAUCGGGAACAUUGCUUUUGCUUAUGCUUUCUCUACCGUUCUUAUCGAGAUACAGGAUACCAUCAAAUCGAGUCCUCCUGAGAACAAAGCUAUGAAGCGAGCAUCCUUUGUUGGGAUCCUAAUCACCACCCUGUUCUACGUCCUAUGUGGUUCCGUUGGUUAUGCAGCAUUUGGAGAUGAUGCACCCGGCAAUUUCCUCACUGGUUUUGGAUUCUAUGAACCCUUUUGGCUCAUCGACUUCGCGAAUGUGUGCAUCGCCGUCCACCUCAUCGGUGCCUACCAGGUUUUCAGCCAGCCAGUCUUCAGUUUUGUGGAGAAGAACUGCCACCAAAAGUGGCCGGAGACUAAGUUCAUAACAAGAGAACACGCCAUUAACAUCCCUUUUUUUGGUGUAUAUUACCUCAACUCUUUCAGAUUGGUGUGGAGAACUGUCUAUGUUAUUGUAACAGCAGUUGUAGCCAUGAUCUUCCCAUUCUUCAAUGAUUUCUUGGGCCUCAUCGGGGCUGCAUCUUUCUGGCCAUUGACGGUGUAUUUUCCGGUGGAGAUGUACAUUGCACGCACGAGAAUGCGAAAGUUCUCCUUACCAUGGACAUGGUUGAACAUAUUGAGUUUCGCCUGCCUAAUAGUAUCACUUGUGGCAGCAGCCGGAUCAAUCGAAGGUCUGGUGAACUCUCUCAAGAAAUACAAGCCCUUCCAAUCCGUGCAAUAAUCUGUUCCCUUUUCUCAGCAACAAUCUAAAAUUUUACAGUAGCAGUUAUCUCUGUAUUCUCAUUCCAAAAUCAUCAAAUCGCUUGUACUACAUUUUCAAUCCAUUACCACUAGUAAAGCCCGCUUUCUUUAA